AAGAUGGAGACGCACAUAUCGUGCCUCUUCCCGGAAAUUUUAGCCAUGAUUUUCAGUUACUUGGACGUAAGGGACAAAGGCAGAGUGGCCCAAGUGUGCACGGCGUGGAGGGACGCCUCUUAUCACAAGUCGGUGUGGAGGGGGGUGGAAGCCAAGCUGCAUUUGAGGAGGGCGAACCCGUCGCUGUUCCCUAGCCUCCAGGCCCGGGGAAUCCGGCGAGUACAGAUCUUAAGCCUCCGGCGAAGCCUGAGCUACGUGAUCCAGGGAAUGCCAAACAUUGAGAGUUUGAACCUAAGCGGCUGCUAUAACUUAACAGAUAACGGCCUGGGGCAUGCUUUCGUACAGGAAAUACCUUCCCUGCGGGUACUCAACCUGAGCCUUUGCAAACAGAUCACGGACUCUAGCCUGGGCAGAAUUGCUCAGUAUUUGAAAAACCUAGAGGUGUUGGAGCUUGGGGGCUGCAGCAACAUCACCAAUACUGGUUUGUUACUCAUUGCUUGGGGUUUGCACAGACUCAAGAGCCUGAACCUGAGGAGCUGCCGGCAUGUGUCCGAUGUGGGUAUAGGGCAUUUGGCUGGCAUGACUAGGAGUGCAGCAGAAGGCUGUUUGAACCUGGAGUACCUGACGCUGCAGGACUGCCAGAAGUUGACGGACCUGUCCCUCAAACACAUCUCCAAAGGCUUGACCAAGCUUAAAGUUCUUAAUUUGAGUUUCUGCGGGGGUAUUUCGGACGCCGGCAUGAUUCAUCUGUCCCACAUGACAAGUCUUUGGAGCCUUAACCUACGGUCUUGCGACAACAUCAGUGAUACGGGAAUUAUGCACCUCGCUAUGGGCACUUUGAGGCUAUCGGGCCUCGACGUGUCUUUCUGCGACAAGAUCGGGGACCAGAGCCUGGCGUACAUUGCCCAGGGACUGUACCAGCUCAAGUCGCUGUCGCUGUGUUCGUGCCACAUUAGCGACGACGGCAUCAAUCGGAUGGUGCGCCAGAUGCACGAGCUGAGGACCCUCAACAUUGGCCAGUGUGUGCGGAUUACAGACAAAGGACUCGAGCUCAUAGCCGACCACUUGACUCAGUUGACUGGCAUCGAUCUGUAUGGAUGUACAAAAAUCACUAAGAGGGGCUUGGAGAGAAUAACGCAGCUCCCCUGCCUUAAAGUUUUGAACCUGGGCCUCUGGCAGAUGACUGAGAGUGAGAAAGUGAGGUGAAACUCGGUGA